UUUCCCCCCCCCCUCCUCCUCCUCCAGUCGGCGACGCACGCGGAGGAGAAGCCGCUUUUUCCCGGGCGUGGGUGGGCAGGAACGGCUUGCUCCCAAAGGAGAUCCGAGAGCGGAUAAAGGCACUCCGCGUCUGCUGAGGCAAAGAGCCCUGAAGCAGACCUGAUCCUAAAAACCAAGAAAUGAAGCAAUUGCCAGCAGAAACUGUCCGAAUUCUUUCGAGUUCACAGGUGAUCACAUCAGUUGUCAGUGUGGUUAAAGAGCUGAUAGAGAACUCCUUGGAUGCUAAUGCAACAAGUGCUGAUGUUAAAUUGGAAAACUACGGUUUUGAUAAGAUCGAAGUACGAGACAAUGGUGAUGGGAUCAAAGCAGCUGAUGUUCCUGUCAUGGCAAUGAAACACUACACCUCAAAAAUAAGCUCUUCUGAGGAUCUUGAAAACUUGACAACAUAUGGUUUUCGUGGAGAAGCUUUGGGCUCAAUUUGUUGCACAUCAGAGGUUCUGAUCACAACAAAGACAGCUGCUGAUGAUUUUAGCACACAGUAUGUUUUGGAUAGAUGCGGUCAUGUAAUUGCUCAAAAGCCAUCUCAUCUUGGACAAGGUACAACUGUAACAGUUCUGAAGCUGUUCAAGAAUUUGCCUGUAAGGAAGCAGUUUUAUUCAACAGAUAAAAAAUGUAAAGAAGAAAUUAAAAAAAUUCAAAAGGUUCUGAUGGCAUAUGGCAUCAUAAAACCAGAACUAAGGAUCACGUUUACACACAACAAGACAGUUAUUUGGCAAAAAACCAGGGUGUCAGAUCACAAAAUGGCUUUGAUGGUAGUAGUGGGAACUGCUGUUAUAGGCAACAUGGUACCUUUUCAACACCAUUGUGAAGAUCCUGAGGUAUUUCUUAGUGGCUUCCUUCCAAAGCCCGAUUCAGACAACUGUUUAACAAGUCAUUCAAGUUCAGAAAGGAGCUUCAUCUUCGUAAACAAUCGACCAGUGUACCAGAAAGAAAUUCUCAAGCUGGCCCAGAAGUACUACAGCAUGAAGUCACAAAAGGAUUCUAAUCGUUUAUAUCCCAUUUUUUUAAUCAACAUUACUAUUCCUCCAUCCACUGUGGAUGUCAAUUUAACACCAGAUAAAUCUCAAGUAUUGCUGCAUAAUAAGGAUUCUGUCUGUUCUGCUAUGGAAGAUGUCUUAAUAUCGAUAUAUGGGCCUCUAGCUGAGGCCAUUUCUUGUGAAACUGAUACAACAGAUGCUACCUCAAAAGAUACCGUUACCAAUGAAACUGCACAAACAGAUGGGCCCAUUAAUGAAACUGAAUCUUGUGGAAACACAGAUCUGUCUCCAUAUACUUCAUUGUUUUCUUUUAGUAAUGAUGUGCAAAAUGGUGAAACAGGGAAAAAAACAGAUGUCUGUUUGAAGAAUCAAACAUUUUAUAAUGCGUCUCCUCAUUAUAUCCCUACCAAAGAAAUAUCAGGCAAUGAGACAUCCAGGUCUGAGAGAUUUCAGGACAGGUCACUAAACAAUUUACAAUGCAAGGACCAACAGAAUAAGUGCAAGGUAAUAUUUAAUCUAGAUGACAAUACUUCAGUGGACACUCAUUCUAAAAAUGGCAUUGAGGUUGAUUUGAGAAAUGACUGUGUGCAGGAAAAAACACAGAGAGACACAGUCCCAAAAGAUUGUUCUGAAGUACCUGCUGAUAAAUGGAGCCUGGGGAAUGCAUUUAAAAAUUCUAGAGGAGAAAACCUGGAACCUGUUCAGAUUUUAAUUCCUAACAUGGGAGAAGCAAGAGUUCAGAAGAAAAAUGAUGGUGAUAAUCAUUUACAACUUCAACAGGAAAAUAAUCAAAGUAUUAAAAAAUCAAAUGUGGUAAAUGAUAAACAGGGACAGAUUACAGCCUAUGAUUUAAUUAGAAGUCAGAUAAUAAGGAAACCCAUGUCAGCAUUUUCCCUUUUUACUCAAGACCAUCGGCCUAGGUUGUUGACUGAAAAUACCAAAGCAAGCACAGAAGAACUAAUGAUGAAAAUGGAAGAAAUGUGGAACGCACUGAAUGAAGAAGAGAAAAAGAAAUAUGAGGAAAAAGCUGAUAAAGACCUGGAACGAUAUAACCGGCAAAGUAAAAGAGCUAUGGAUCAAAGUGUUCAAGGAGCAACAAAAGAAAGAGACAAAAGAGGCAAAGCCAAGCUGAAAGAAUGUCUGUCUAAUCAGCCGAAAGUUGACAAACUUUUUCAUUCUCAAAUUGAAAAGAAACGCAACUGCCAAGCAAUAAAAACUGUGCAAGUGCCCUUCUCUAUGGAGUCAUUUAAACACAAACUUUACAUGCUUAAACAGAAAGAGUCAAGUAAAGAUGAACGUUGCCUAAUUCAUCUUCUGAAUUUUCCUGAUGCAUGGAUAAUUGCCUCUGAGAAAAAGAUAAUGAUGCUGAAUCCAUACAGAGUAGAAGAGGCUCUUCUGCUUAAAAAACUUCUUGAAAAUCAUAAACUUCCUAUACAGAAACUGGACAAAACAAUUGUACUAACUGACAGUCUUCUUAGUGGCUCUCACUACAUGGAUGUUCUCUGGAAUAUGCGCAAAGAAAAUGUAAGAUUUGAUGGAUCGUCUUAUUUGUCAGAUUCAAGACUUAUAGCAAAUGGAUUUAAGAUAAAAAUAAUACCAGGUGCUUCAGCUGUGGAAAGUCAGCUGGAAAUAGAAGGAAUGACCAACUGUGUGCCAUACUAUGGUAUAUCAGAUUUGAAAGAAAUUCUGAGUGCUGUGAUAAAUAAUAAUGCAGAAGAAGUCUAUAAGUGUAGACCGCUCAAAGUGGUAAACUACUUGGAGGGAGAAGCAGUGCGAUUGUCCCGGCAGUUGCCUUUGUAUUUGUCAAAGGAAGUUGUACAGGACACAAUACUCAGAAUGGAGAAACAACUUGGAAAUAAGCAUAAAAGCUGUGUUCAUGGCCGUCCAUUUGUUCAUUAUUUAACAGAUAUUCCACAGAGUGACUAGCAAAGACAACAAUAUUUUUUUAAAAAACACAUUUCUCAUGUUUAUACACACAAUAUUGAACUCCUGUCUCCUGCGUAAUGUACUGAGAAGUUAUUUGUAACUGCCUUGCACUGUUUUGAACUCCAUUUACUGGAAGAUGCUGUUUUCUAAAACGAAUAUAAACACUGUAUAAUGUACUAGAAUGUUACCUUUCUUAUGAAAAAAUUCCUAUUCACAGCAAUAAUGUAUUUUGUACCCAGAGUAUAUAUAAACAAUGCAGAAUUGUAUUUGCUUGUGUCCAUUUUUGGAUAUUCAUCUGCAGUAAAUACAAGUAAAUAUUUAGCAUACUU